AAAAGCUUUGUGCAAAAGCACUGCCGGGCGAUGCGAUGCCCCGACUUCUGACGGAUGCGGGUGGCACCGCGGGCGUUUCACGUGAGCCUCUCGUUUCUUUCGUGCCUGCCGCUGUGGAGCGUGAGCGGAGUUCUUUGGGGCGCCGCUUUCACUGGGAGAUCCACAGAGACGCGGUCCGCGCCACGGCGGAGGGCCGUCGUUGGCGGUGCUUCGGCGCGCGUGCUUCGUCGUUCGGCGCAGCAGAAUCCGUACGACGUGCUGGGCCUCUCACGCAGCUCCAACUACGAUGACAUCCGGGCAGCCUUUCGGAAGUUGGCCAGGACAUAUCAUCCCGAUGUUCCAGGCACCGGUGAUGAAGAUCGUUUCCGGUCCAUACGUGAGGCACUGGAGGAACUGGGGACGGAAGCUGGCCGAGCCCGGUGGUCCACAAGCAGCUACAGCAGCGGUCGAGCUCAAAGAAGCUACAACGACUUCAGCUACAGUGGCAGCUCUGACUACAGUUAUGGCGCUUCCUACAGCUACAGCAGCGACUACAGCAGCUACAGGGAAGAUCCCUUUGAGACAGCGCAGCGAGCGCGGCGCGCUGAUGCACGCUGGAACGAUGCAGAUCGUGAAUCGAGGCGGCAGAAGAAAAAGGAGGAAGCUAACAAGAAGAAGGCUCAAGGAGCUCAAGCACAAGAGCUUGUGAUGCAGCAGGAGCUCAAGAAGGCUGUGAAGGACGCCAAGUCGCGCCAGGUACUACGAAGGCAAGCGUGGCACAAGAAGAUGAAGGUUGCAAGGGAUGCCUUUAGAAGAGACAUGGAGAAGGAGAUCUCGAAUGCUUGGCAGAGGCUCCACGGCUUCAAGGAGGCUCAAUGGCAGCGUGGCACUGACCAGGUUGCCAAAUGGAAGGACCAGUUACAGGUGGCCAAGAGGGCAACUGAGAAGCAGCGACAGGAGGAUGGUGAAACAUGGGUUCAAAGGUUCGCUGAAGUGCAGCAGCAGGCUGCAGACGAGGCAGAGGAGAGGGGUCGAAGGUACUCGGAGCGGUGGCGGGACCUGCGGGACGACUUGGCAUCCCAGUCCCAGGAUGAGACUCCUGCGAAGAUCAACCAGGAGAUUGAAGAUCUUCUGAAUCAGCAUGAUGAACGACUUUCUGAACGCUGGUCAAAGACAUACCAGGAGAUGAUGAAGGAGUUUCAGAGGUCCAUGAACAGUGAGCCCAAGAUGUGGAAAGAUUCCUUCAGGUCAGCCAUGAUUCGACUUGGAAAGGGAGGACAACGCAUUCAGAAGAGGUGGCUUGACUUGUUCCACAGCACCAUGCAGGACAUGGGAGACCAAGAGAUGAAGGAGGUGAAGGACUGGGUGGCGCAGUUCAAGGACCUGCGAUCCUUGACCACCAAGGAGCUGAAGAAUCGAGCGAAGUUGGUGGAUGCUGGAAGGAGAUUGAGACCGACGGACUUCCGGUGCCAGAAGAGCAUCCUACAGACCAUCGACAAGUGCCGCGCGGAAGAGAUGCAGCGCCUGAAGUGGCAAGCCUGGAACCGCAAGAAUUGGGUGAAGAAGUUUCGGCAAGAACAAGACCGUCUCUACAGAAGACAGCAGGAGGAGGAGUUGAAGCUGGCAGAGGAGUUCUGGGAGGAAGUGAAGAAGAGCCACCUUCAAGAGGCCCAGAGCUGAGUGGCUGGUGGCGAGGAUCGCUGACCUGGCGGACGGAUCGCUGCGGUCGUUGCGGCCUUUGGCGGUCAGCGGUCUCUGGAAGAGGAGACGCACUCUGCCCCCCACUCUCCGUCCAAAAAGUAGCGACUUCGGUGUGGCCUGCGACUGGAUCAGCGAGGGCCCUGGGUCAGCGCUUCGCUUCAAGUUCUUUUGGAACACCGUCUCCUGGAGGAGGGACGAGGUCGACGAGAUGUUGUCAGACAAAGGGAUCUGGAUCCCCGUGACCGUCAGGAGUCCCACCGUUCGAUGCACCGUUCCAGAGGGUCUUGAGCCCCAUGAGAAGCGAAAAGCUCCGGUGCCGCGCCCAGUCGUGACCUCCUGCUUCGGGAGCCCGAUUCCUCCUUUGAGGAUCCGCUCUGGGUUCAAUAUGCCAUGAAGGCCGGCGGAGAGCUGCAAGAGCUCGGAGACCAGCUGGGCCUCUUCCCGCCGAGCUGAUGCAGACCUGAUCGGUGUGCUGGGAUGUGCUGGGUCGUUGAGGGGUUGUAGAGCCAGCAGGAUGCGAUGUGCUGAUCUACAACGCGUGGCUUCCAUCGUUGAUGCGAUUCAAGCAAAACACCGACCAUGAGCACAGAGUCUGUUCUUCACCUCUUUGGGACGAGCUCCACUCCGACUCCUGUCAAAUAGUCUAGUGCUUUGUAGCCACUUCCUCACAACAGGCUUGCUGCCUGCUGCAGUUGCCAGCGUAGCUUCUUUCAUCCUUUACGACCAUCGUUCGCUCUUGCCGUGGUGAAAAUGAACACAUGGCGGCUGCAUCGCGGGCCGUGCCUCGAUCGGGCAACAAGAGUCAGCAAGCGGGGGAAGCCCAAGCCACGCCCAAGCUACUUGAAGAGGU